GUUGCGUGUACUCCGGCUAUAACCGGAGAUUAGUAAUUAUGCAUCUCCUCGGAUUAAACUUCGCGAGGAAGGUCAGGUGCAACGCUUGUACUGAAAAUCGUGAUUGACCGAGCAAGCCCGUCAUACUAAAUGGCUUGAUGGAUGAUGUUCUCGAAAGUACUGUUUUUGGCGGAGGUCGGAAUACCCCUUCCAUGUAAUUUAGCUUCUCUGGUCCUUCAUGUCGUUCAUCGAAGCACUCCGUAGACCACGGCACGUAUAUCCAUCUCAAUCGAUCCUCAACUUAUCUUUUAUGCCCCCCUCAUCCUCUCCUUACCCUUCCACCCUUCACACUCCUUACAUUCCCCACCAUGAACGAUACUCUCUCCGUCCUAGCUUCACAUUUCAUUGGAGUCAUCAUCUCUAGCAUGUUCUAUGGCUUUACUCUCGCCCAGACCUGGCGAUAUUUCCGGACUUAUCCAAAAGACAAGUGGUCUAUGAAGGCCUUGGUAGCCUUUCUGUGGGCGUUGGACACAGCACAGCUAGCCCUUGUCGCCGCAUCAAUAUAUCACUAUACCAUAGUUUGGCAAGGUGACAUCACGAUGUCAUCGCAUGUAUCAAAAACAUUUGAGGCAUCAAUGGGCAUUACUUCAGUAAUGGCUUUUCUGGUGCAAUUGACAUAUGCUCACCGUAUAUGGCGACUUAGCUUUGGAAACAUUCUAGUCACAUUUUUCAUAGUCCUUUUGGCAUUGGCUGCGCUAGCAAUGGUUGUCAAAACUGUCCGUGAUCCCCUGUGGGAUAGCACUCACGUUAGCAACCUGCCCGCUUCUAGUUUUUACUUGUCUUCGAUGGCAUGUGACUUCCUCAUUGCCGCUACGCAAGUGUACCUGUUUCACAAGUCCCGGACCGGGAUAGGAAGACUCGGUGGUCUCAUUACCAGAUUGACUGUGCUUGUUGUCAAUGUGGGCUUGAUAACUACCAUAGAUGUCACACUAUUUUUCAUACUGUUUCUCGUCUGCCCCCACAAUGGCGCCUUUCUUGUACCAUACAUCCUCAUGAGCCACUGUUAUCUAAACAGUUUCCUCAGUGUUCUUAACUCUCGUCAUGAGCUACGGGAACUGGUCGACAACGACGACUACGCUUGUCCCAGCAUUUACACCAUUGCUUCAGAAGAACUGGCAUGAUGUAAACUCUAGCAUGCUUCCCGCGCCACGCUGUGCGAUGCUCACUGAGGCAUGUUUUGAAACUAGCCGAACCUUCUUGUAGGACAUAAACACUGCACUGUA